UUGUCUGGACUUAGCUCAGCUGAAUUGUUUAUUAAGCGUCAAUGACACUGCUCGACAAACAGAACUGAACUGAGUCUGAACCAAAACUAAACCAGAAGAGGAACAGAGACCAGUGCUGGACAAUGUCUGUACCCCCCAGAGUUGUUCACAAGAGAAGGGAGACAAUCACAGCUCUGCCUCUGUAUUAUGCUGGACACCUGCUGAAGAAACACAGCAAAGAGAAGGAUUUCAAGAAGUACUAUGCAGAGCUCCGUGGUGCCACGCUGUUCCUGUACAAAGAUGACACGCAGGACACAUACACAGAGAAGCUGGACCUGGAGCAGCUGGAGUCCAUGGAACUGAAUUCUCCAUAUCAAAAGAAGAUGCCAACCAUCUUCACUCUCACCCUGCACACAGAGGAGGUGCAGCUAAAGAUGGACAAUCCCGACACAGGAGAGGAGUGGAGGGGUUACAUCCUGACAGUCGUCAAAAAAGAGAUUCCCGGUAGGCUGCAGCUGCUGCCUGGCCAGAUGUUGAUGUUGCAGGAGACUCUGCUUGAGGAGAGAAGAAGAAAUCUCCCUGCAUCACGUCCGCCUCUCCCACCCCGACCUUCCUUCAUGCUCUCAGUCUCAUCACCCCAGUGUCCUCCACCAGCCACAGACAAGCCCGACAACAGCGUCCCUGACAUGCCUGUGUGUUUCUUCGAUGUGUCUCGGCAGGAAGCUGAGAGGAUGCUGGAGGAGAACCCCGAGUAUGGAGGCAUCAUCCUCCGCCCGUCCACCCUUGCCAAAAACUAUGCCCUGACCCUCAGACAACUGACGCCCAGAGGGCCUGUCAUGAAGAACUACAGAGUGACCUCCACAAACUCAGGGUUUGUCAUUGAGCUGGACAUGCCAGUGACAGUCUCCUCCUUGAAAGAUGUACUUAAAUACUUCCUUGAAAAGACAGAGUACCGUCUUCAUCCCUAUGUGGUGUCUCAGCCCUACGACACACGGAUUGAGGUCUCACCUGUUCCAAAGUGCAUCAGCAUCACCUCACCUGAACCUAAAACAUUACCCAAGGCACAAGUGGCACCCAUGCUACGGUCGGAAACCCAAGAGGAGCUGCAGCCCCCUCCAGCCAAGCCAGAGGAUGGUGAAUACGUGGUUCCUGAUGAUCACAACCAAAAGCUAGGUGAGUUUCAGCUGGACAUUGAGCUUCGGCAAGCUAUAAAAAUUCGGAGGGAAAACAUCUACACUGCAAGUGACAAGCAGGAGGAGGAGUCCUAUGAGAAUCAAACCACUAAAAAAUCCCACUCCGGCACAGCACAGUGGACUACAAUGGAUGCAACAGUGUGA